AGACGCCCAACGGUCAAAUUUUUUGGCAGUGAUCACGGUCCACGAGGUGGAGAAGCAAUUUCCCUUGCCUAUUCCCGUCUUUCCGCCCGUGCUCGGUCUUCUCUGAUCCAUUCAACUAAGGACGACGACUACGUUUCGGCGAGAGUUUUCGACGCGAGACUCUCGCCCUAGAUUUCCUACCGCUUCAGCACAAGUCUCUUUCUUUGACGCGGCCGCUCGGGCGAAAGCUUCAGAUCCUUUUAACUAACUUCCGUCCGCCAUUUUAUUCAUUCUUCGCUGCUAAUUGGAUCUGUUGUCGGGUUUGAUUGCUAAGAAGAAAAUAAAUCAUUUCCAUUUAUUUCUCUCUCCGUACUGAGUUUAUCAUCCAUUGCUAUCAGCAAGUCAAAGUUGAGAUGGAUGCAAGGCAGGUUCUUCUAUCAGCCACCAACCAGAAGACGACAAAACCUGUAAUUUCUAGCUCCAGCCCGUUCGAUUCUGUUUCUGAUUUUGAAGUUGAUCAAAGCAGCAAACCUACUACUUCUGCAUCCUCGCGUUUGGGAUUUUCAUCAGGAAAUGCCAGAUACAGGAAUGAAUUCCGUGAUUCAGGUGGCAUUGAGAACCAAUCUGUACAAGAACUGGAAAACUAUGCUGUAUACAAGGCUGAAGAGACUACAAACACCCUAAAUGGGUGCCUUAAAAUUGCUGAAGAAAUGAGAGAAGAUGCUUCAAAUACUCUUGUAAAGUUGCAUCAACAAGGCCAGCAAAUUACUAGGACCCACCAAGCUGUUGCAGAUAUUGAGCACGAUCUUAGUAGGGGUGAAAAACUUUUAGGAAGUCUUGGGGGCUUGUUUUCUAAGACGUGGAAGCCAAAGAAAACACACAAAAUUAAGGGACCUCUUCCAGUACCCCAAGAUGAUUUUCAUACUAAGAGUAGCCACCUGGAGCAGAAGCAGAAAUUGGGAUUAGCUACUGCUCCACCUCGGUCAGAACCUCGGCAUCUUCCCUCGGAACAAGCCUCUCCACUUGAGAAAGUCGAGCAUGAGAAGGCAAAGCAAGACGAUGUGCUUUCUGAUUUAAGCAAUUUGUUGGGUGAGCUGAAAAGUAUGGCUAUUGACAUGGGUUCUGAGAUUGGGAGCCAAAUUGUAGCUUUGGACCGCAUGCAGGAUGAUACGGAUGAGAUACAUGAGAGGGUUAAAGGUGCAAACCAGCGAGGCCGUCGAUUGCUCGGGAAAUGAUUUUGACACUUGAAGAGCUUUGCCUUUGUAUCAUGUUCUUUUCUUUUGACAGUCUCAGUUGUAUGUGCAUCACUGCCACUGUUUGAUUCAUUUUGCUUCUGUCACAAAUUUCUUUAGUCUCAUUUACUUAACACCAUUUGGUUCAAAACUGAAUAAAAUCUGCUUAAAUAAAGAA